CGACGCCCCCACGUGCCACCCUUUCGGACUCCCUCACAGUCUCACUCCCCCUCGCCACCGCUCCUCCUCCGCCUCCGACUCCGGCGACCGCGCCCCGCCGCCGCCGCCAACGACAAUGAAGCAGCUCAACCGCCAGCCUACCCUCAGCAAGCAGCACCGCCCGCACCACCACCGCCUCCCCCUCCCCCGCUCCCUCGCCUCCUACCUCCUCCGCGAGCACCGCCUCCUCUUCGUCCUCCUCGGCUUCCUCCUCGCCUCCUCCUGCUUCCUCAUCUACCCCUCCUUCACCCCUCUCUCCUCCUCCUCCUCACCCCGCGACACCGUCGCCGCCAGAAUCCGUCGUGGCGGCGGCGGCGGCGGUGGCGCGUCGUCCGUCGUCGUCUCCGCCGCCGCCGCCGCCUCGCGCCGCCUCCCCGUCGGCGUCCGCAAGCCACCCCUCCGCGUCGUCGUCACGGGGGGAGCGGGCUUCGUCGGCAGCCACCUCGUCGACGAGCUGCUUGCCCGCGGGGACAGCGUCAUCGUCGUCGACAACUUCUUCACGGGGCGCAAGGAGAACGUCGCGCGCCACCUCGCCGACCCGCGGUUCGAGCUCAUCCGCCACGACGUCGUCGAGCCCAUCCUCCUCGAGGUCGACCAGAUCUACCACCUCGCCUGCCCGGCAUCCCCCGUCCACUACAAAUUCAACCCCAUCAAGACCAUCAAGACAAAUGUGAUGGGGACCUUGAACAUGCUGGGAUUGGCAAAGAGGGUGGGAGCCCGGUUCUUAUUGACCAGUACCAGUGAGGUGUACGGUGAUCCUCUUGAACAUCCACAGAAGGAGAGCUACUGGGGCCAUGUAAAUCCCAUAGGCGUUAGGAGUUGUUACGACGAGGGCAAGAGAACAGCUGAGACUCUGACCAUGGAUUACCAUCGAGGUGCCGGUGUUGAGGUGAGAAUUGCGCGAAUAUUCAACACAUAUGGCCCUCGUAUGUGUUUAGAUGAUGGGCGAGUUGUUAGCAACUUCGUCGCUCAGACAUUGCGGAAACAGCCAAUGACAGUUUAUGGUGAUGGAAAGCAGACUAGAAGUUUUCAAUAUGUUUCAGAUUUGGUUGAUGGAUUGAUAACCCUGAUGGAAAGUGAGCAUAUAGGACCUUUCAACUUGGGAAAUCCUGGAGAAUUUACCAUGUUAGAGCUUGCUCAGGUAGUGAAAGAGACAAUUGACCCAAGUGCUCGUGUUGAGUUCAAACCCAAUACUGCAGAUGAUCCACACAUGAGAAAACCAGACAUCUCGAAGGCCAAAUCUCUUCUCCAUUGGGAGCCAAAAAUCUCACUGAAGCAAGGCCUGCCACGUAUGGUUUCAGACUUCCAGAAGCGCAUCAUGGAUGAGAAAAGAUAAACAAGAAGAAACGAAUGAACUCACACCUGUACUAUACUCCCCGGAUCAUUUCCAGUACCUUGACAAGCUUAGCUGCAGAAGUACAACAGAGAAAUUGCCCAAAGUUUCUUCUUCGAGGCAAUCCUUUUUGUGACAGGAAAUCUCUUGUUUGGUUUUGACUUCUUUGAUACAUAUGUUUUGUCACAGAAUUUUGUCAUCGAAAGCUUAGCCUUUCAGACAACAGUACUACUAGAAUUUUACAUAAACAUAGAGACUUUUCAUGGAA